AUGCAGUCGUGCAUCACCCCUGCUGUGGCAGAGCACCUGCAGGCCAAGGGGUACGCCGUCGUCGACGGCGCCCUCCCGCCGCCCGCCGCCGCCGCCCUGCGCUCCGAAAUCGACGCCCUCCGCUCCGCCGACGGCCUCGUGCGCCCCAACUGCACGCACCUCGUGCGCGCCGGCUCCGCGACCCCAGACCUCCUCCCCAAGUCCCAGAUCUACGAGGCGGAGAUCUCCCUGGACCCCAAGGCGCGCGCGGCCGCGCCGCUGCUGGCCUCGAUCGACGCGGACGGCUCGCUGGGCGUGCUGCUGAGCUUGUUCCUGCCGCGGCUGCGCCUGGACGCCCACGGCAUCAAGGCGCAGUUCAACGCUGGCGGCGGCGGCGCCUUCCCAAUCCACACAGAUUCUGAAGAGGAGCUGGACGGGCGCAAGGUGACGGCCAUCUUCUACCUGAACGACGGCUGGACACCCGACCACGGCGGGCAGCUGCGCCUCUACCCCUUCCCGGAGGCGCCGCCUGUCGAUGUGGCGCCCCUGGCAGGGCGGCUGGUGCUGUUCUCGUCGACGCAGAUGCACCACAGGGUCCUCCCAAGCCGCGCGCCGCGCUACUGCUUCACCGCCUGGCUUUCCCAGUCCCGCGGCCGCGGUGCGCGCGCGGGCCCGCCGCCCGCGCCGCGGCUGCCGCCGCCGCCGGCCGACGCUCUCGCGUCAGGCGACCCGCAAGCAGCGGCGGCGGCCCGGCGCUUCCUGCUGCAGCCUGGGAUUCGGCGGCACGUGGUCAAACUCGUAUACUCGGCGGAGUGGGAAGCGUCCCUGGUGGAGAGCCACCCGCGGUGCGAGGCGACCGAUGCUGCGCUGGCGCAGCACAGGGAGGGGGUGGCGGUUGCGGCGCGGGCGCUCGCGCCGUAUGCGGGCGAGAUUGACCGGCUCGCAGCGGCGUGUGCCAGCAGCGGCAGCGUCGGCGGCGGCGGGGGCGGCGGCGCGGGUGGCGGCGGUGCCGCGGCUGUGUCGUGGUUCUGA